AUGAAUCCGUUCUCAUGGAGCGAUAAUGAAAGGUUAAAAUGGUUAAAAGAAUUCAUGUUCGAUGAAGAAACGAUUAAGAAUUUUGAAAAAACAACAACAGAUGAAAACGAUGAUUUAUUAGUUGACCCACUCAGAGAUGACCAGGAGAUUCACAAUCAUGAAGAAGAAAGUGACGAUGAUAAGAAUGAGCUGUCACCCGCUGAUGUGUAUUAUGAUGACAGCAACGAAGAAAAUGAUCUUUCUAAUGACACUCUCCCAAUAUUUGAAUCUCAUAAACAAUAUUCAAUGGAUGAUUUUCAAAAACAAUUUACCCGUUUUUUACUCGAACUUCGAGAGGAACACUUGUUGCCGUUGGGUAUUAUACGAUCGAUUAGUGACAAUGUUGUUUAUUUAUUAGACAUUGUUUUCAAUUUAAUAUCACAAAAAACGGAAAAAGUUGUUAAUCAAUCAAUAAAUAACGACAGAACUACAACAGGUACAACAGUGGAACACUUUGAUAUGAUUUUGGGUGUAUUAGACAACGUCCCUGAUACUGUUGAACGUACAACAAAAAGUGAGUAUCACUUUCACAAAUUAUGUGUAAAAUUUUUCAAUUAUUUAUCACCGAAAGAAAUACCGCUUACACCAGUACAAUCGCCGGUACCAAUACAAGCAAAAGUGAAGCAAGAUUAUGCCUAUUAUAUUCCACUUCACCAGUCGUUAUAUCGUAUAUUGUCAAAAGAAGAAAUGGUACCAUUGUUAAUCCACAAUAUUCGACAACAAAAAGAAAAAGUGAUUAAAGAUGACGAUCUUAUGUUCUCAUUUCGUGAUGGCAAAUUUGGAGAAAAUAUCAACGACAACUCCGUUGUUAAUACCAAUUAUUUGAAGGAUAAGGAGCGUUCACGACGUUUUUAUAAACCAAUUAUUGAAGAUUUGAACAGAUUACAAUCAAACGGGUUAACAAUUGACACGUUCGAUUCACAAUUAUUGUUUAAAUUUACGUCGAUAUCGGGUGACAAUCUUGCUGCACAUAACAUUGGCAAUUUUCAACAGUCGUUCAGUAGCGGAUAUUUUUGUCGCCGGUGUUUGGUUUCUUAUAAACUUCGAACAGUUCCGUUGACAGAUUUAUCCUUUCUUCCUCGAAAUGAAUCACAACAUAAUCAUUUUGUUCAGAUGACAAGAAUCAAUAAUCAAUCGGUAUAUGGCAUCGUCGGCGAAAGUGAUCUUAACGAGUUGAACGGUUUUCAUCCAACUACUUCAUUACCAGGCGACGUCAUGCAUGAUUAUUGCGAGGGUACCUGCCCAAUGAUCAUCAUGUGUAUGUUAAAAGAAGCCUCUCGGAAGAAACUUCUAACAUACGCCCAAAUAGAAGAACGCACAGACAAUUUUAUCUAUGGAUCAAAUGACAAAUCCGACAAACCACCCACGAUUCAAAUCAAACAUAUAAUCAAGGAACGUCUCUGUGGAAGCGCAUCACAAAAGCUAUUGUUAUUUCGAUUAUUCCCUAUUAUCUUUGCCGACGUCACUGAUCAGUUGGAAACAUUUGCUAUUUAUCUGGUAUUACGCGAAAUGGUGGAAAUUGUUUUAGCCCUUCCCAUUAGAAAGAGUUGGCUAUCGUACUUGAAAACAUUAGAAAUUCGUUUUCAGUGUUUAUUAUCGGCAUUAUUACCGGAUGAAAUGCCCCCGAAGGUGCACUUUUGUUGCGAAUAUUCCGGCAUUAUUCGUGAUUUCGGUCCACCAGUUCGUUAUUGGUGUAUGAGAUACGAAGGACGACAUUUUUAUUUCAAGAAAAUUGCAUUAAGAACGGGCAAUUUCAAGAACAUAUCAAAAACGUUAUCAACACGUAAUCAGUACAAGCAUUGUUUAUUGUUAAGUAAAUGUAAAUUUUUAAAGUUAUAUAACGAAACAUCAUGUGUUAAACAAACAAAAUUAAGUAAUUGCGAUGGUGAUGUGAAACAACUUUUAUAUGAAAAAUUUGACAUUGAAUGUUUAUCAUCAUCAAGAAGAAUUCUGGAAUGUCAAGUAUUAAUCCAUAAUCACGUCGCGUAUAAACAGAAUUCUGUUAUGGUGUAUGAUGUCAUUCACGAAGAAGACACACCAUUAUUUUUACGUAUUCAUCACAUAUUCAAAAUUAACACAAAUUGGGUAUUAAUUAUUGAAUAUUUGACAACCGAGUUGUUUGAUUGUCAUUUAUCCGCGUAUGAGUUGACAGCAACUGGUAUCCUCAAAGCUAUUUCUCCGAAUGAUAUAGAAUAUUAUCAUAAACCACUGGAUAUUUACCUCGUGAAUGGUGUUUCGUUUGUUAGUCUUUCGUCUCGUGUGACAAAACAUUAA